AGUUUUGUUUAUCUUUAUAAUUGUGGUUUAUUUUAUGAAUUGGAAAAUUUAUAAUAUCCAAUACCAUUUAUAAUAUGGAACAAUGGACGAAUUCAUGCCGUGCUUGCCUCGGAAGAGCUGAGCGUUUCUCUCAUUUUAUUUACGAGCACAUAAGUCCUGAACAGUAUUUCUAUUGUACAUCAAUCGAGGUAAAAUACAAUGAUGGACUUCCAAAGGCUUUAUGUGACCAUUGUUACAUAUUUAUUAAUGAGUUUAUAGAAUUCAAAUCAAGAUGUAUUCAGACAGAAAACAAAUUACAUACAUUGUUAUUAGAAGAAGAACUUUCUUUGAAAUUAGAAAAAAAAGAUACAACCGAGAAUGUGGUCGCUACACAGAAUACAAUAAGUGGAGAUGGGCUUAUUGCUCUAGAAACAACAUACAAUUUAAAAAUUGAAAUAGAAGAUGGUAAAGAAGAUGAAGCAGAAGAAAUUUUAAGUGACAUCCAUAAUGAUGACACACAGAAGGAUAUUGAAAACCAUGUUGAGGCAACUAAUGCAAGUUCAGUAAAACUUAUAAAGUCAACCAAAAAGGUUAUAAAAGCAAGAAACCCAAUGAAUUACAAUUGCGAGCAAUGCAAUAGGAAAUUUUCAUCUGAAAAACGGCUGCAGAACCAUAUCAUAAUAUGCCCUCACAAAGAAGGAAAAGGGGAAUUUAUAGAGUGUAAUAUAUGCCACAAAACCUACAAGGGUACUUCGAGCCUCCGCUGCCACAUAAAGUCUUGUCACACUGACUAUACUUUCAAGGAUUUGACAUGCAAGAUUUGCUCUAAAGUCUACAGUAGUCCCCACACUCUCAAGAGUCAUCAGAAAACUCACGAGCAAAAAUGGCAGCGAGUCUGUGAGGAGUGUGGAAAAGUGUUUAAGAACUCUGCUACAUAUAAGCACCACUUAGACACGCACGUCAAGAACCGCGAACGCAACUAUCCAUGCGAGCACUGUGGCAAAAAAUUCAUCAAUAAGAAGGUCUGUGCCAGUCACAUCUACAUACGCCACAGGAACAGACAGUACAUAUGCGAUUACUGCAAUUAUGUGUUCUCAGAGAAAGCGUACCUUAAACAACACAUUAUGCGCCACGAAGGAAGAAGCCCUAUGUACCAAUGUGACGUAUGUUUAAGGUCAUUAACGUCCAAACCAUCUUUAAAGGCCCACAAAAGAAUACACACAGGUGAGAAACCAUACUGUUGCAAGUAUUGUUCUAAGAGCUUCGCUCGCCAAGUGAGGUUGGAGGAACACGAACGGAACCACACUGGAGAAAAACCUUUCGAGUGUGUUGUGUGUGCAAUGAGGUUCUCCAGACGGAAUUCUAGGAGGAGGCAUAUGAAGGUGCAUAAUAAGUAGCAUGUAUGCAAAAAAAGUAAACAGUUAACAGCUUUAUUUAUAUAAGCAUGCCAAGGACCUUAAUAUAAAAAUUAAAACUAUUAAAUAGAGUUAUUAUAUUUAUUUAAACUGUACAUUUACAAGAAUAAAUAUCAAUUUUAUCUUUCAUUUGCAACUUAGCUGCAGUUACUUAAUUUCUAGUGAACAUGAAAUAUUUUUUGUUGUGAUUUAUGGAGAAUAAUUUUAAUUGGUUUUACAAAUAAAUUAUUUACACAA